AACACAGCUACAGUGACGAGGUGUAUCGAAGGUAAAACCGUUCGGAUAGCAAACUUACAAUUCUAUCCUAGAGGGGUCCUACCAUUGCUCAUUAUCGUGAGUGUCACACCCUGGAGGCCAUAAUAGAACCGGUCCCGUAGAAGUAAGUGUAUGAUUUAACAACACAUUACUAAAUAAGGGGAACACUUUUUAGAUUGGGUUUGCCCCUCCGUGGACAUUUACUUCCCUUUACCUUGGACUAUCCCAUUCCCUGUCUUUGGUGAACCUUACUCCAGAAAUGCCUAAAACGGUUAACGUGCGCGUCACCACCUUGGACGCUGAGUUGGAGUUUGCCAUCCAACAAAGUACCACAGGAAAACAGCUCUUUGAUCAGGUUGUCAAAACUAUCGGUUUGCGAGAGAUAUGGUUCUUUGGUCUCCAGUACAUUGACACCAAAGGCUACACAACUUGGUUGAAACUCAACAAGAGGGUUUUGAAUCAAGAUGUCAAAAAAGAAACACCAGUACAGUUCAAAUUCAGAGCCAAGUUUUUCCCAGAGGAUGUAUCAGAAGAACUCAUCUUGGAAGUCACACAAAGGAUGUUUUUCCUGCAAGUGAAGGAAGGUAUCCUUAGUGAUGAGAUAUAUUGUCCACCUGAGACAUCCGUCCUGCUAGCCUCCUACGCCUGUCAGGUAAAACACCAAGGCAAGGAUGGUGUGGACCUUUCCAACGACACACUCCUACCCCAAAGAGUAAUCGACCAGCAUAACCUCACCAAAGACCAAUGGUAUGAGCGCAUUGCAAACUGGUAUGCAGAGCACAAGGGAAUGCUUGUAUGUGAUGCCAUGUUGGAAUAUCUUAAAAUAGCACAAGAUUUGGAAAUGUAUGGUGUGAACUACUUUAAAAUCAAGAACAAGAAAGCUACAGUGCUAUUACUAGGAGUGGAUGCCCUCGGCCUCAAUGUUUAUGAAGAAAAUGAUAAAUUGACACCAAAAAUAGGAUUCCCAUGGAGUGAAAUUAGCAAUAUCUCUUUCAAUGACAAGAAAUUUAUCAUCAAACCUAUUGACAAGAAAGCACCUGACUUUGUGUUUUAUGUAGAACGUCUUAGAAUAAACAAACGGAUCCUAGCACUUUGUAUGGGAAACCAUGAACUUUACAUGCGCCGUCGCAAACCUGACACUAUUGAAGUGCAGCAAAUGAAAGCACAAGCAAAGGAGGAUAAACUCCAAAAGAAGGAGGAUGCUUUGCAAUUGCGAAAGGCUACGGAGGACAAAGAAGAAGCCGAGGAACAACGUCGUCUGGCGCAUGAACAAUGCCGUCUGGCGGAGGAACAACGCCGUCUGGCGGAGGAAAAACUUCUCUUUAAAGAGGAACUACUUAGAAAGCAAGAAGAAGAGCUCAAACUGCAACAGGAUGAGCGUAUGGAGAUUGAGAGGAAGCUCCAUGAGAUGGCCUUGUUAUCCUCUGCAGUAGAAGAGAAACAAAACCAGCUGGAUGAAACAACCAACCGCAUGAACGAACUUGAAUCACGCCUUGAGAGUAUGAAGGAAAUGAGUGAAGCAGAAAAACAGAAACUGGAAGAGGAAUUGAGGCAAAAAAUGAUGGAGUUGAAGGACCAAAAUGAGGCGUAUCAGAACCAGUUGCAAGAGCAAGAGAGUCUCCAGGCAAAGAUUGAGGCUGCACGUAUUCAGGCCGAGGAGGAACGGGCGAUGCGCGAACAGAAGGAACGGGAGUUUAGGGAGGCAGAACAGUCGCGUCUUGACAUGGAAGAGAAACUCUCGCAAAUGAAAGAGUCUGAAGAUGAAUCGGCUGAUCUUAAGGGUGGUGAGAAUGUUCCACGUCCAGAGGAAGACAGAGAUGUAUACUCGUCUGAAAGCAAUAAGAACAGACUUGAGUCUCUGAGUGCAGAACUUGAGAAAGCCAGGAUUGAAGGAAAAGAAACACAUAAUGAUAUCCUCCACACAGAGAAUGUCAAACAGGGUCGUGACAAGUACAAGACGCUAAAACAGAUCAGACAAGGCAACACCAAGAAGCGAAUAGAUGAGUUUGAAUGUCUCUAAGACGCACACCAUGCCAUCUCCUUUGUGAUUGAGCUUGGGUGUAGUGACACGCUGUUGUAAUGAUGGUCGACAUUUGUCCAGAUACAGUUUGUGUCUGUUAUAUAUAGACUUACGUAACAGAAAGGAAACGGCACACAUCUCCAGAACAAACGUCUAUUUUUUACUUGAGGAUGUAUAGGAUUCAUAUCAGUUUGUUGCAAGUAUAUAUAUGAUACAAAAAUAUAUAUGUAUGACAUUUCAUGUACGUAUAAAGGAAUGUGUUGAAAGUUGAAAAAUGUGGAGAUGAGUUUAACAUAAACUACUAUUGAUAUUUGAGAAUUUCCUCUUCUGUAAAUAUUGAAUUAUAUGAAAGGUAUAUAGAGGGUUGUCAGAACGAUAGUUCACAGAAUGGUGCACUAUGGGUGUGAUCCAUAUCUACUGUCUCUCACUCUCCUCUUUCCUUCAUUGCUUUCUCUUCCUACCUACUGCAAAUUGUUACUUAAAUGGAUUUCAAAUACUUUACCAGAAUUAUUAUAUUUAUGUAAUAUUUGAAGACUCUUGUACUAAUUAAGGACUUUUUAGUACUGUAAGCAGAUUAUCUUUGUAAUGUAAAUGAAUAUACUGGUAUCCUUCCAUAUUUCAUGACCUGUUUCACUAAAUGAAUCUGGUUAUACUUUAAUAGUAUAAGUUAAGAGAUUGACCAUUGAAGGGAUUAUUCAAAAAGCAGAGUAAAGAUUUAUGCACAUAGCUUACCUUAAACUGUAAUCAAAGUAUAAAUCAGUUACUUGAUAAUUAACAAAUUUAAUUAUGUUCCUAUUUUUUACACCUGAAAUAUUUAUUUCAACUUUCUACAUUUCAGUAACCACUAGUGGAGUUAAAUGUAAUAUCGAAACACAGUUUUUCUAAUAUGUUGUAAUGAAGACAAUUACUUCCUGGAUGUAACUUUAUUGUAAUAUUUUCUGUAACAAUCGUCCUAUGCAUUAUGAAAAUCAGUUCUGAUGUGUACUUAUUGAUGCACCAGUUGUAUUUCAUCAGUUUCCAUUCCAGUAGAUUAGGGUAACACAAAAUAUAUUUAGAAGUACAAAUCGGUUAUACCCAUAUCCUGCUGACACCAAAUAGAUGACUUUCAAGUAUGAUAAAGCGAAGCCCUGCUCUUUUAUCAUUUUCAUUAUUUAGUUAAAAAUAUACACAGAAAAUGUAUUCAAUUUAUUAUAUUUCUACUGUAAUAAUAUUACUUUUUUGUUAAUUUUUUAUGUGAUUGGAGAUUGAUUUUGUCCUGUAUUUACAUGUGUAUUUCAUUUUCAUGUUUUGGAUGGUAUCUUUGUCAUAGCUGAAGUGUUGGUGUUACAAUGUAUAGUUAGAUUUAUAAAGAACAAACCCUUUACAUUAUAAUCAUCGCUCUGAAUUAGUUCACUGUCCUCAUGGUAUUUAGUAUUAUUUUAUACAUAUGUCUGUGUUUAACUUUCGUAUAGCUUUUCAUUACUCAAAACAAGUGGUGAGUCUAAGCAGAGUAUAUAUGUAGUGUUGAAGGAACCAUUGGGGUAUACCAUGUUUAUAUAUUUAGCUUGAAGUUAUAUAACUUCCAUUGUUUGAUUCAUAGAAACCUUACAGCCAUAAAAUGGAACAAGAAAUUUUCAUUCCAAAAUGUAUCUGUACAUAUGGAAGUAUAAAGGUGCAUGUUUCUAACAAAGUGUUAUUUUCUUAAUUAUAUAAUCCUAAUACUUUAUGAGAUAAGUAACCCUUAAACUGAAUUUUUGGUAUAUUUUAUUUCAAAAUUGAAGUUAAAUAAAUGGUGUUUUGCUAAAGGAAUUGUAAUAAUACAGGUUUGAUGAGGCAGUUGUAGUUGGUUAUGUAACUAUUACGUAUUAUCAACUUCUACUAAUUUAAUUGAUGAAAUGUACUUACCAAGCCAUGAAUAUGUUCUCAAGUGUUCAAUAUAUGUACUGACCACAUUUGAGCCCUAAUGAUGUAUUAGAUUUUGGAGAGUUUGCAGUAAUGUAAGGGAUGAAAACAAGUGCUUUAUCUGUGCUAUCACGGACAAACAAUUACAUAUUCAUUAAGAUAUUGUUGACAUCUGUACCAGUUAUUAUUUAGUACUGUAUUUGGGAAAAAAUGUUGUGUUCAUAGUUGACAUGAAAAUCUUCAUAACUUUGUUUUUGAUAUCAUUGAUUACUCGUGUCUCCCACAUUCUACACCUUGACAUCAUUCCUGUUUGGUUUGUGGGACAAACUAGGAAUUAACAUUGUCCAUUCAAUCAUAGUGACAGUAGCUGCCAGCUGGAGAUAUUUUGUUGUAAAAUCUUUUUAUCAUUCUACCACUGGUCUGGGUUGUGUAGCCUGAUUUAAAAAAGAAAACCAUUUCAAUUUUCCUUGAAGCUAUGCAGUAUUGCUGGUUGUAGAAAGCUUGUAAUGUCAAAUGUCUUUCCAUUAACUAGGUCAGAUCACAGGGAUUGAUUUGUAGUUAUAUUCAAUAUGGUUGAUUUUGUUUACAAAUAAAAGGUAGUAAAUUGUCAUGAAGACCCAUUAAGUUAAGGCAGUUUGUUGUACCAAAUUAUCUUGCCUGCAGUUUUAUCUAUACUCACUUUAAACCUGAAUCGAUGAAGGCUUGUAACAGUUAAAAUGGAAUUUUUGCAUCAGCUGUUGAUAACGGUCACAAAGAUGGAUUUUGCACCCUUUACUGAAGUAUCACUAGGUAAGCUAAACCGUAGCAUGUCCAUAGAUGCAAAAAUGUUUGCUCCAAAUAGUAUGUAGAUUAUAUUAUUAAUCAAAGAUGUCUCAUGGAAAAAACAUAUACCAUCUAUAAAUGAAUAAUGAUAUGUAAUUGUCAAAAUAAAAUCAUUGGAGUAAUGGUACAA